CUCACCAAUACACAUGCUCUACUGGGAAGAGAGAGGGAGAGAGAGAGAGAGAAAGAGAGAGAGAGAGAGAGAGAGGGGGCGGAAGAUCUCUUCAACUCCAGUGUUGUUAUUCCCAGACUGGCUGGCUUGCUGACUGGCAGUGGGCUCUGUGCUCUGAUCUUACUGCUCUGAUGGGGUUUCAUACCCACGCAGGCAGGGCUGGGGGUCCUGAGGGCAUCGCAGGACUCUGCCGCUGAUCUGUGCCUCUUCGUUAUUCACCUUUUGACCGAAUCGACCUCCAGAGACAAACGCCAGAACAGCUAAUCCAACCCUCACUUGAUGGCUAAUGGAUCAACAGCCAACAGCACUGACUAGAAAUCAAAAAGGGAGCUAAAAGAACACCAGGCGCGCACUGCCCAUCUGUGGUUAGCCAAGGAGAGGCUCAGCAUUGCUGGGGACGACUGCCAGACAUGAGAGACAAAGAAGAACAACAUGGAUUGAAAAGCUGAGACAUUCUUUUCCUAAAGAUAUGGCACUGCUGUGUGUUCUCCUCUCCCUCCUCCUCUCUCCAUGUCACACCUGCCCAAAGGAGUGUGUUUGCAACAGCAACACCAAAGUGGUGGACUGCCGCGGACGGGGCCUAUAUGACAUUCCCCGAAGACUCCACCCUGACACCCAGGAACUCUAUCUCCAAGACAAUCGUAUUCGAGGGCUGGGAUCCAUGGCUUUCCGGGAAAUACCCCUUGUCCGCAUUCUCGAUCUGUCAAAUAACUCUAUAACAUCCAUUUCCGCAUCUGCUCUGCUGGGUCUGAGGACUCUACAACGCCUCAAUCUGGCCAAUAACGCCCUACGAGAGCUUGACAAGCGGCUGCUUGGACCCAUUCGCUCACUCUCGCACCUUGACCUCUCACACAACAGCCUGUGGGGCCUGCCUGGAGCCAUGGCGGACAGCCUAAGGAACCUUAGCCACCUGGGGUUGGCCCACAACAGGCUAACACGACUGGACCGCUCCCUGUUGGAGGCCCUGGGUCGCCUGGACAGUCUCACACUACGGGGCAACCCCUGGAGAUGUGACUGUCAGCUCAUAGGCCUCAAACUGUGGUUGGAGACCUACCUCUUCAAAGGUGGAGUGGUGGACGAGGUGCUGUGUUCUCAGCCAGAGGAGAUGAGGGACAGAGACCUCCAGAAAGUUCCCUACCAGCUCUUCCACGCGUGCAUGACCACUAGCUACAACUACCUAUUUGCCAACAUACACCACCUGGAAUCUGAGAGGUUACUCCGAGGCCACACCCACGGAAACCACGCCCAUCCUUCAAGCCACGCCAUCCAUGUCCCCAUGGCGAUGGGAGAGGGGUAUGGCGGUGGAGGAGGAGGGGGUGGAGCUGGAGGAGGGGGAGGGAGUCUGCCCGAGUGUGAACCCAAGCAGAGGCCGCGGCCUGUCAACCUACGCCACGCCAUCGCCACGGUAAUCAUUACCGGUGUGGUGUGUGGGAUCGUGUGUCUGAUGAUGCUGGCAGCGGCGGUGUAUGGCUGCGCCUACGCUGCCAUCAUGGCCAAGUACCAGCGGGAGCUGAAGAAGAACGAGGAGCUGGCCGCUGCGCAGGGGGCCGAUCAUGCCACGGCAGACGAGAAGGAGCCUCUGGAGAAUGCUAUCGCCUAGGAGAUGUUAACCCUAACCCUGAACUUUGAACCUGAACCUCAACCCUUUAACCUGUUUGUAAAAACUGGAUACCAUGUUUUUGUUGUGCAUGUGUGUGUGAGAGAGAGAAAGAAGCACAAGACCGAGAUUCUGUGUGUGUUCGUCAGAAAUGUAAGAGCAAGGUUGAGAUUCUAUUUGUGCGUAUGUACGUGUGUGUGUCUGUGUCUGCUCACCUUAUUACAGGGACUUGGGUAGCUAAAUCCCACAGGUAUCUGACUAUGCACUGAGGAGAGCUGUAACCACUACUGUAUAAGGGUUCAAGGGGUAGGCCAAAGAAUUCAAACAUAUCAAUUCCAUUUCAUCUGAGACAUGCACAUCUCAGAUGGAAACAAAUAGCUAUAUAUUUAUAAUUGUAUGUUUCUAGCUGUAAUAGUAAACCUCUGGUAUUGUGAGGAUGUGGAUUUCAGAGUUUGGUUUGUUUUUUGACUGUUGUUCAUAAUAUCAAAUCUGAUUUUAAAGUAAUUUGGAAAAUUCAUAGUAGGCAGCUGCUAUCAGUGUUUGACAAACUUGUUUGUAUCUUUUCAGUGAGUGUGUGUUUGUGUGUGCGCCUGAGAGCAAGAAUGAGAGUCUGUGUCAGUGUGUGCUGUGUGCUCGAAUGUGUUUGAGUGCGUGAGGGGACGUGUGUGCACUUAUCUUUAGAGAAUAUAAGAGUCUGUGCCUAAUGAUGUGAUAUAGUUUUGAAGGGGAAAAUAUGUGUUUUCUUAGAUAUUUUUCUGACUAAUGUAGUGAAGAUGGGCAAUUCUAUGAAGCAAUAAUGAAACAAACUAAAAUGAAAACAACAACAAAACUGGGA